AUGGCAAAUUGUGACUUUCAAAAGCCCGGCCUCUUACUUUUGGAUGGAAAUGUCAAAGAGAAUUGGCGCAAAUUUAAUAACAUGUGGAAAAUAUAUACGGUGGCUACAAAAACGGACAGUGAGGCUAUCCAGACAGCUAGAUUUUUAUCAUGUGCUGGAGAAAAGGCCAUUGAAAUAUUUCAAACACUUCCUUUAGCUGAAUCUAAUAAAACUAAAAUUAAUGAAGUAAUAGAAGCGUUUGAAGCGUAUUGCAUGCCAAGGAGCAACGUGGUCUACGAGCGAUAUAUAUUUUUCUCACGAAACCAAAAAGAAGGAGAGCCAUUCGAACAGUUUUUAUCUGAUAUCAUUAAAUUGGCAGAAAGCUGUGAUUUUGAUUGCCAAAAGGAGGACAUGAUCAGAGAUCGAAUCGUCAUGGGUAUUGCAGAGCAAAACAUUCGAUUGCAACUUUUGAAGACAGACAACCUGGACCUGACUAAAGCCAAGGAGCUUUGUCGCGUGGCGGAGCAAGCAAGUAUGCAAGCUCAACAGAUGCAAGGAGAACGAGGAUCAAUUGCAGUAAUAGCAAAUAAAAAUCGUCAACAAAAAAAAUACAAUAAUAGUUCUAAUCUUAAUUUCAAUAGCAAUGUUUCUAAAUCUCCAUCUUAUUCUAAUUCUAGAUUUCCAAAUAAUGUGACGAAGAGGAGAGACCACCUAACUAGCGAAGAACAAAGACCUUCGAGUUCGGGAAAAAAUAUAAACAUUAUUGGAUGCGACAAGUGUAAAAGAAAUCAUAUUCCAAAUCGCUGUCCAGCAUUUGGACAAAGAUGUUUGAGAUGUGGCAAGUACAAUCAUUUUGCCUUAGCAUGUAGAUUUAAGAGUGUAAAUGACAUUAACAGUAACGAAAUUACUCAUGAAGAUGAUGAGGAUGACUCAUAUAUUGAUUCGGUUGAGGUGGUCGGUUUUAGUUCAGUUGGUGACAUUUACUCGAUAAAUCAGGUUCGACAAAGUUGCAGGAGUUGGUAUGAAAAUAUCGCGGUAGAAAAUAGUUUGAUUAAAUUUAAAUUGGACAGUGGGGCUGAUGUUAACGUUAUACCACUAAAAGAAGUUCAAAAGUUGAAUUUAGAACAUAAAAUAAGACAGGUAAGAACAAAAUUAGAGGCAUAUGGUGGUUCUUAUAUUCCUACAAAGGGUUUAGUUAGUCUUCAAGUUCAGUAUAAAAAUAAAAUUGUUGAUGCAGAUUUCAUGGUAGUUGGUUGUGAUUCAAAACCAUUGUUAGGGCUUAGUUCAUGUGUGGACUUAGGGUUGAUUCAAAGAGUAAAUGAGGUUAGCAACAUUGGUGAAUUUAUUCAUAAAAAUAAUGACGUUUUUUCGGGCGAUGGACGAUUCCCAGAUAAAUGCUCAUUAGAAUUGAAACCAGAUAGUUAUUCUGUGAGUAAGCCACCGAGGCGAAUACCAAUAGGCAUAAGGCAAAAAGUUAGAGAAGCACUAGAGACCAUGGAACGUCGUGGAAUAAUCAGUAAGCGUGAUCAACCUUCAGCAUGGUCACACCAGCUAGUAGUUGUUGAGAAGGCUAAUGGAUCCUUGAGAUUAUGUCUUGACCCAAGUGCCCUUAACAUGAACUUGAAAGACGAGCACUUCAUAAUUCCUACACUGGAUGAUUUUUGUGACGCAAUGCGGGAGCUUAAGUACUUUUCAGUUUUUGAUUUAAAGGAGGGCUUCUGGCAGCUUGGCUUGUGUGAAAAAUCGAAAGAAUUGACAGUUUUUAGUACGCCAUUUGGAUCGUACCAAUAUAAUGUUCUACCUUUUGGUAUCAAAACGGCUCCAGAAAAGUUUCAAAAAUUAAACUCUAAAUAUUUUGCAGGUUUACCUGGCACAUUUGUUUACAUUGAUGAUGUCAUCGUUGGAGGAAAAACUAAAAAAGAGCAUGAUGAAAAUGUUGAGAGAGUAUUAAAAAGAGCUCGUGAAGUAAACGUUAAAUUUAAUAGAGAUAAACUGCAGCUUUGCGUAAAUAAGGUUAGAUAUUUGGGUCAUGUUUUUACUGGUGAUACAAUUUGUCCAGAUCCAAGUCGAGUUGAAGCUAUUAUAAACCUAAAAGAACCACAAGACAGAAAACAAUUAGAAAGUGUUAUGGGUAUGUUCAAUUAUCUUCGUUCUUUUAUACCUAAUUUUUCAAAUUUAAAUUCACCCCUUAGGGAAUUGUUGAGAAAAAAUGUUGAAUUUCAGUGGUCUUCAAGCCACAGCCAAGUUUUUAAAGAUAUGAAAGAUACUCUUGCCAAACAUUCAAUCCUUCACGUUUUUGAUCCAAAGAAACAAAUUUUGAUUCAGACUGAUGCUUCCAAAAAUGGGUUAGGAUGUUGUCUUUUUCAAGAAGGUAAGCCGGUAGCAUACGCUUCUAAAAGCUUGACUGACACUGAAACAAGGUACGCACAAAUAGAAAAAGAAUUAUUGGCUGUUGUCUACGCCUGUGAGAAAUUCAAAAAUUACAUUUAUGGUUAUUACUUCACCAUAAAUUCUGAUCAUAAACCAUUGGUUUCUUUGGUUAAAAAAGAUGUUGGUGAAAUUCAUUCGACUCGUUUACAACGUAUGAAAUUGAAACUCUCAAAAUAUGAUUUUGAUAUUAAGUUUGUUCCGGGAAAGUUCUUAUACGUGGCAGAUUUGUUAUCACGUAAUUUUAUAAAUGAUCCUAUAGUUGAUAUAGAAUCAUCAUUAAAGGACCUCAUACACAGCAUCAAUAUGAGUGAUCCUAAACGAAAAAUGUUCGAAGAAGAAACCCGAAAAGAUGUUGUGUUACAGACUCUUGUACAUCUGUACGAAGAUGGUUGGCCAGCAGAUAAGCAACGGGUUCCAGAAAAUGCUAGGUUCUUUUGGCAAUUUAAAGACAAAAUCUUUGUAGAAGACGGCCUAGUUUUUUAUGAAAAUCGUGUUCUGGUCCCAAACAAUUUAAUCAAAGGUAUGCUAGAUGUACUUCAUAAGUCUCACAUGGGAAUAACAAAGACACUGAAUAAAGCUAAGAGCACUCUUUUUUGGCCUUACAUGAAUAGGGACAUUGAAAACAUGAUUUUCAAAUGUAAAAAAUGCGAAAAAUUUAGAUCCGAAAACAAGAAGCAUUCGUUAAUUCCCCACCCUAUUCCGAAAAGGCCUUUCCAAAAACUUGGGAUGGAUUGUCUUGAUUACGGGGGAAGAUCGUAUUUGGUUGGAAUGGAUUACUAUUCCAAGUGGAUUGAACUUCAUGAAAUCGCAGACAAAACUGCGACAAGCAUAAUUAAAAUUUUAAACAAAAUUUUUUCGAUUCAUGGUAUUCCACAGAACAUUGUCUCCGAUAAUCAACCCUUCAAUUCAUAUGAACUCCGAAAUUUUGCGAACAAUUCAAAUUUUGAUUUUAUAUACAGUAGUCCAAGAUAUCCAAGAUCUAAUGGUCUUGCUGAGAAAGCAGUCCAUAUCGCAAAAUCAAUACUUAAAAAAAUCAGCCAAUCCGAAGGUAGUUUAGAAGAAGCUCUUUUAGAGUAUAGGAGUACGCCAAUUUCAGGAAUUGGGUAUUCACCAGCAGAAAUGCUCAUGAAUCGUAAAUUAAGAACGUGGAUACCAAUAAAAGAUGAAGACCUUGAACCGAAAAUUCCAAAUAACUUGAAGGCGGUAUUAGAAAGACGUCAAGAAAGAAUUUUAAAAAAUAAUAAUCCAGUUAAACCGCGUCGUGAAACACAUUUUGAGAAAGGAGAAAACGUAGUAUAUAGAAAUAAUGGAAAGUGGGAACCAGGUAGAAUAGUAUCCAAACAUGAUAGUCCGAGGUCAUACUUACUCCAAAAUGAAAAUAAUAGAGUCAUUCGUAGAAAUACAUUACACUUACGUAGGUCAAUGCAUUCUCCACAAAUAAGACUACCUGAGGCGGAAGAGAGGACGCCUAUUGUCUCUGGAAAUAAUGAUAACCCUUCUCUUGAAUUGUCAGACACUUAUCACACUAACUCAUCUCAAUUACCUGAUAGCAACAAUGUCGAACAAGAUGUCGAGUCAGUGCGGCAACCGGACCGAGAGUAUACCACAAGGUCUGGUCGAAUAAGUCGGAAACCAAACUUUUAUAUACCUCAGUAA